ACUGAGGAUUCCAGACCUGAUAAGCAUAUAAAGCAAUACUUGUGGAGAUAUACUUAUAAUUACUAUUAGUAAUUAUAGUAUGUUUAAAAUGCUGCUGCUGCUGGUGGGGUUUGUGUGGGUGUGUGUGAGUGGGUGUGCCUGUCUGUGUGUCUGUGUGUAAAAUGUCCCCACAAGUCUAUGACAUUUGGUUGGUCCCCAUAUCAUAACCUCAUUAAUUUUUCUCUUUCUGCAAAACAACACUAAAAGAGAGAGUCAGUGCUUUGCUUUAGCAUGAGAGGGGGAGGGAGAGAGAGAGAAAGAGAGAGAGAGAGAAAGAGAGAGCGAGCUGUGACUUGCCCAUUAAGUACAUAUCGGUAUGAGAGGUUCAACCUGAGGAAUUUCAAGAAAGACAACACAAUAAGAUUAUUUCUCCUGGAUUAAUUAUUACACCUACUUCCAUGAAGCAAGAUGGCUGUCCUAAACAUUUCCAGUUUAAUCAACAGCAGUUCCCAAUACCACUGCAAGUUUAAUGAGGACUUCAAGUACAUCUUACUUCCUGUCAGCUAUGGGUUGGUGUUUGUUGUUGGCUUGGUGCUCAAUGUCAUUGCAUUGUAUUCCAUCUUGUUCCGGAUCAAACACUGGAGCCCCAACACCAUCUACAUGAUCAACCUGACUGCGUGUGACACCCUCUACAUCCUCACACUACCCUUUCUGAUCUACUACUACGCUGACAAGAAUGACUGGCCUUUCACUGAAACCUUCUGCAAACUUAUACGCUUUCUUUUCUAUACCAAUCUGUAUGGUAGUAUCCUUUUUCUCAGCUGCAUCAGCAUCCAUCGCUUCCUUGGCAUUUGCCACCCGGUGCGAUCAAUGCAGUGGGUUAACGCCCGCCGUGCCCGUUAUGUCUCGGUCCUCGUUUGGGUAAUUGUUCUCAUCUUCCAGGCACCAGUGCUCUACUUUUCCCGAACCACCAAUAAAGUCUGCCAUGACACCACAUCUCAGGACCUCUUUAAUUACUUUGUAGUCUAUAGCUCGGCCAUUUCGGUCAUUUUGUUUCUGAUACCCUUUGCAAUAGUACUAGUCUGCAAUGGCCAUAUGGUGCGAAAACUUAAAGAGCCUACCACCGUAGGAGGUGCCACGUCCCAGCGCUCCAAGCAAAAGUCAGUGAAGAUGAUCGUCAUAGUGCUGCUGGUCUUCAUACUCUGCUUUCUGCCCUUCCACCUCACACGGAGUCUGUAUUACAUUUUCCGAUACUUAAAAGUGAACUGUACACUGUUGGAGGGUUCUAACAUAGCUUACAAGGUCACAAGGCCACUAGCCAGUGUGAACAGUUGUAUUGACCCCAUCCUCUACUUCAUGGCAGGUCAGGGUUUCCGACGCAGCCUAAGCAAGAAACACAAGCAAUCUCAGAGAGAGGGCAAGAGCGAGUACCUCUCAACCCCUUUAUGAGCAAAUGAUUUGAAAUAUGAAUCUGAAAGACAAGCAAGUGCAAUGGAUUAAAGAAAGUUAUGAAGUGCACAGAAGUGCUUUCAUGACUGCUGAGCUAAAUUGGUGCUUACUGAACAUGGGGCCCCAAGCUGUUAUUACCAUUGCAAAGGAUUAUCAAUUCUCUCACAGACAGACAUAGUUAACCAAUACGGACAUGCUUUUUAAAUGUCUGAUCACAAAGGGCAAUAGGAGAGAAAUACUUAUCUAAAGCAACUCAUCUAUAGCUCUUUGAGAAUACAUAAGUGAGAAGAUACAACGGAAAUGAGAAAAAUAUUAAAUAUGACUUUAUUUCCAAUAAUUCCCUGCUUUAGCUUUUUUUUCUUAUUAAGAUAAUGAUAAGUAAGGUUUUUGGAAAUGUUUGGUAAGCAAUGAGUCUCAAUCUGGAUAUUAUUUACCAGCAAUAGGUGGUUAGACUAAUUUAUGCUAAAUCCAUAUGAGACCACUAUACAUCUGUAGAGAAGCUGAGAAGGUCAAGGAAGCUCAGGGAGAUGAUAAACAUAGAAGGAAAAUAGAUGGAAUAUAAU